GAAAAUAAGAGUCCAGUGAAUCCAUGUUAGAAACAUAACAUUUCUUUACGACGUCAGUUAAGGAUUAAUACAAGAUCGCAUUGAUUCGCAUCGAUCUCGUUUCGAUCAUAGUGAUAAUUAGUGAGAUUUUUCUCCUUUCUAUUUCAGCGGAUCUGCUUCCCGAGUUAUUCCAGACGCCAGGAAGACUUUAAUUCAAUCAAGAGCUCAUGCAGAGGGUCUCGUUCUUUUCGCGAAUCUUUAAACAUCCUCGCGUCGAGCUCAUCCUCAGGGCACAAACGAUUCGUUGUAUCCUGCGAAGAACUCUCGACGGAAAUCGAUCGAGUUUAUAUUGUCGCUCGUUGUCGUGGACGCUUUCGCUUCGCUCUUUUUCGGAAGACAGCAACAGAUGCGAGGCACGUGUCAUCGGCGGCUGCGAUUUGCGGUAUACCUCGAGGAAGAAAGAGACAGGUAAAGUCGUAAAUAAAUUCGGCAAAGUAACCCUGGAGAUAAAGGAGAAUGAAAGUAUGGAACUAUGGAAAUUUAUGAACGGCAAUUGUGAUAGAAACACAAUUUUGUCGGCUCGAAAUGGCGCCUAAUCGAAUGCACCUUGAUAUCUUCGCCGUUAAAAAGCUCGUUCAACUGUCGCUGAACGAAGCGGCGGUGCGGAUCAAAGACGAGAAGAAGAUGGAGACAGAAAAGGUGCAUUAAGGAGGAGGAUCACGAGAAGAGUACAGGGAGAUACUAAAGGAAGGUUUCGAAGAGAUCCGUUUUUCUGGAAGCACCUCUUUCUCGUGACAUAAAUCGUGGACGAUAAAAAUCAUAAAACGGAGUAAACUAUAAAU